AUUAAACCUUAAUAUAACUUUGAGAGAAAACGAGUGCGAGUCGGUAGUCGUUUGGGACCGGGACCACUGGUCCUGAUGGGGACAUGGAAUUAAUAAAUUAUUUUGAGGCGGCAUUCGGGACCGAAGCUAGUGGUCCCGAAUGACACCUAUGUUUAAUGAUUAUUUUGAGUGGUAAGUUGGGACCAAAAAUAAAGAAAGAAGUGUUUGAUGAAAAGUACAGUUAACGACAAAAGCUCAUUAAUAUAUUAGUAUUCGGGGUGAUGACAAAUAUAAAUCAAACAUCAUGAAAAACCCGUCCAAACUUUAUUUGAACAAACCAUCGAAAGGAUAAAAAAUACCGGCUUGGAUUUAGUAUAUCAAAUUAUAAAAAAAGUUUAUAUUAGAGGAGAAAUAAGAUUUAGUGAGUGAAAAAAAUUGAAGCCAAAAAAACUAUUGACAUCGAAAUACCCAAAAAGUAUGAAAAUGUAGUAUUAGGUAUUUAUUUUGUAUUGUAUUAACUGAAUCUAAUCUCAUGUUUAUUGUUGGUACUUUCAAGUCGUGCCAGAAAAACUUAUACAUCCAUUGCAGAUAUUGGCAGCAACAAUUCUUUCGUUAUCGUAGUCCAGAUAUUGUAUGUGCUUUUACCUGAUAAAACCCGUGAAACAUACGCCAUUCUUUUUUCUUUCAUAAGAAGUUGUGUACCUCAGUGGAACUCUUUAAAAAUAAGCAUGGAUUUUGAAGUGCCUGCUGUAUUGGCAAUCCGGAGCAUUUUGCCGGAUGCGAAGAUCCUUGGAUGUUUUUUCCAUUUAGCUAGAUGUUUAUGGAGAAAAGCAAAACAGUUGGGCGCCACAAAAUCAAAACAUGGCAAAAUAUACGUGAAGUUAUGUUCAGUACUGUCCCACCUCCCGUUACAUUUGAUCAGUGAAGAGUGGCUUUACAAAAUGGAAGACUGUCCGAAAGGCAAAGGCAUUAUAGCUUUUGAUGAUUAUUUUGUCAGCACCUGGUUAGAAAAUGACAUUUAUUUUCCAAUAUGGUGCACCUAUAAUAAAGACCAUAAAACAAACAAUAUCGUAGUAUGGCACAACCACGUAAAAAGAUAUAUGAAAUCAAAAAUUAAUUUUUUGAAUGGUAUUAUGAAGGACGGUAGCUUUUACUGCAAUAAACUCAAAAAGACGAAUAAUAUUUCAAGAAGAUCUGCAGAGACUGUAGCAACCAAAGAAAAGAUCAAUCUGACAUUGCAGGAAUUAAUAAAUGGCCAAAUAACUGUCGGUCAUUGUUUGGAGAAGUUAAGAUUGUAAAUACAGUAAUGUCCAUCAAUUUCUCAUGAGACUGAUACUAAAUAAUUACUUAUUAUUAGCAACAAUAUUUAUAAAAAAAAAUGGUAUCAAUAUAAAUGUUGUAAUUUUUUUUGAAUUAUAUAAUGAUUCUGAAUACUUUAACAAAAUAAUUAAGGUGGGGGUUGAAUAUUAUGUUGAUUAUUAUUUUAGUUGAUUUUUAUGUGCAAUAAAAGAUUUAAUAAUAGUAAAAAAAACGGUUGUGAUAUUGAUUUAAAAAAGAGUUUUAACCAUCAAAACAAAAAAUUGUAAGUAAUUUUUAUUUGCAACUAAAACGUAAUAGGGUGACAUUAUUAUAAUUUGUUGUAAUGAGAGCUACUUUUUUAUUUAAAUGUUGUUAAUCUUCAUAUAAAAUGUAUAAGUACAAAUUUUUAUUAGCAUAUGAUUUUGAGUGCAAUCAUGUAGAUUUAGGAGUAAAAUUACAAAUAAACACAAAUAUUUAGCUAGUUAGGUUUACUUUCAAUUAAUUGCUGUGAUUUUUUCAAAUAAAAGAAAUAUUUUAUAUUAUAAAUGCCGUUUUUUAUUUGACUGUACUUCCUUGACAUAAAAAAU